AUGGCUGGAGAGAAGCGAAGUAUGCCAGGUAACGCCAAUCAGUCGGCCAAGCGCCAGAAGGGCGGGAAGCCAGCAUGGCAGGCCUCCUCACGCAAAGUCAACAUUGACACUGGCGAUGUGGGUGUAAUUGUGACUUGCGACAUGGGCAGAGAAGGAAAGUGUAUCGCAGAGACAAUGGACAUAUUCUCCCAGCCACUGAUUCACAUUCUUUCCAUGCUCCAGGCCCUAGAGUCUUCGGGGCAGCUCAAAGGGGAUGAUGUCGAUGACGACGAGGAUAAGGAUGAGGGCGAUAUCGAGGCCCAGAUUCAAAAGGAGCUGGCAGGCUUGAAGCCCAACAAGGACAAAAAGCGCCCCUUCCAAGCAAUUCGCUUAGAAAUGCCCUGUGUGAUAUUUGUGCGACUUGAAAAGACCGUCGAUCCUGUGGAGCUGGUCCACCGUCUAUGUGCUGAAGCACAGGCCAAUCCGGAGACGAAAAAGAGUCGAUACGUUAAGCGCAUGACCCCGGUCACUGAGGUCCGAAAGACUCUUAGUGUGGAUCUAGAAGGCUUUGCUCGUGAGAUUCUCAAGCCACACUUCCACUCCGGAGGGCCACCGAAGAAGGCAUAUCUCCCGAACCUACAUCUUAAUGGGGUUAUGAGGGGGUACGCUAUUCGGCCUUCAGUACGGGGAAACAAUAAGUUCAAUCGAGACACGAUUAUCAAGACCGUCGCCGAUAUCGUGGGUAAAGAGCAUCCCGUGAAUUUGAAAAACUACGACAAGAUGAUUCUGGUUGAUGUCUGCCAGAACAUUAUUGGAAUGAGCGUUGUGGAUAGCGAUUAUGAUCAGCUUAAACGGUUUAAUCUGGCCGAGAUCUAUGAUCCAGCUCCGAAGCCAGAAGCCAAGGAAGGGGCUGCAGAGACCAAGUCAUAG